AUCAUUUAUUCCUCUGUUUCGGCACCCAUUGACAAUGACAUAACCAUAGCUUUAGCUCCACAAAUAUUUGUUUCUCUCACUUUCUCUUCAUGCAUGGCUUUUGAGAUUUGAGAAACCUAAUUCUCUAUUAUCUCCUCCUUUUUUCAUGUGCUUUGGCAUGGUUAGCUUCUUUUGGUGUGUGUUCAUGUAUUUUCCGAUAAUCUAAGACUUUUCCGGUAUUCUUGUUGGGCCAUCUUAUUUUAUGGAUUAUUGGGUCGCGGGUUUCUUGGUUUUGACGGCCGGUAUUAUUCUCCGUUCACGGCUCUGGUUUCGUCUAAGAAAAUGGAAAACGAGAGAUGGAGAAGAAGAAGAACAAGAGAAAGAGACGAAGAAGGCUAUGAUUCCGAAGGGAAGCUUAGGAUGGCCGGUGAUCGGAGAAACCCUAGCCUUUAUUGCUUGUGGAUAUUCUUCUCGGCCUGUUACCUUCAUGGACAAACGAAAGUCUUUGUACGGGAAUGUGUUCAAGACGAACAUAAUAGGGACACCAAUCAUAAUAUCGACCGAUGCAGAGGUUAACAAAGUGGUGCUCCAAAACCAUGGCAACACAUUCGUCCCUGCAUACCCUAAGUCAAUCACUGAACUACUUGGAGAAAACUCUAUUCUCAGCAUCAAUGGACCUCAUCAAAAGAGGCUACACACGCUCAUUGGCGCAUUCUUUAGAUCUCCUCACCUCAAGGAGAGGAUUACUCGAGACAUUGAGGCCUCGGUAGGUCUAACUUUAGCUUCUUGGUCUCACCUUCCCGUGGUUCAUGUCCAAGACGAGACCAAAAAGAUGACGUUUGAGAUAUUAGUAAAACUGUUGAUGAGUAUAUCACGUGGUGAAGAUUUAGAUAUUCUCAAGCUUGAGUUCGAAGAAUUCAUCAAGGGUUUGAUUUGCAUCCCCAUCAAAUUCCCUGGAACUAGACUUUAUAAAUCCCUAAAGGUCUAAGCAUAUCGUUCCCUUGUUCUUAUGAUAGCCAUUGAUUAACUCGCUAGCUAGGAUCGUGUUCUCGAGAAGUAGUCUCCCCUGUACAAACGCAGUUUGACUAGGUAGAAUAAGAUUAGGAAGGAUGGGUUUUAAUCUUUUUACCAAUAGUCUC